UUCCGCCGCUGGUUCAUGCCGACCUUCUACUCCGCCAUCUUCCUCCUGGCGCUGGCGGGGAACCUGCUCGUCAUCCUCACCUUCUUCCACUUCAGGCGCAUCAAGACCAUGACGGACGUGUACCUGCUCAACCUGUCCUUCGCCGACCUCCUCUUCGCCCUGUCGCUCCCCUUCUGGGCGGCCAACUCCACCGCGGCGUGGGCGCUGGGCGCGGCGGCGUGCAAGGCCGUGCACGCCGCCUACAAGCUCAGCUUCUACAGCGGCAUGUUCCUCCUCACCCUCAUCGGCGUGGAGCGCUACGUCGUCAUCGCCCGCGCCGUCUCCGCCCGCCGCUACCGCUCGCGCGCCGUGUUCCUCGGCAAGGCGUCGUCGGCCGCCGUCUGGGCGGCGGCGCUGAUCUUCUCGCUCCCGGAGAUGAGCUACGCCGCGGUCGUCAACGACACCUGCACGCCGUACUCCAGCAGCGCCGACAAGCUGCGCGUCAAAAUCCAGGCGGGCCAGAUCGCGCUGGCGUUCGCCGUCCCCCUGCUGGUUAUGAGCGCGUGCUACAGCGGCAUCGUGCGGACGCUGUGCCGCGCCCGCGGCUUCCAGCGCAACAAGGCCAUCAAGGUGAUCCUCGCCGUGGCCGCCGUCUUCCUGCUCGGCCAGGUGCCGUACAACCUGGUGCUGGUCGUGAACACGGCGGUCGCGGCCAACGGGGGAACGACGGACUGCGACUUCGAGAACGCGCUCCUGUACGCCGCGGACGUCACGCAGUGCGCGGCGUUCCUGCGGUGCUGCCUCAACCCCUUCGUCUACGCCUUCGUCGGGGUCAAGUUCCGCCGUGACCUCCGGCGGCUGCUGAAGGACUCGGGCUGCCGGAGCCACGAUGGGCUCAUCGGGUUCACCACCGGGGGCGGGGGGGGGAGGGGGAGCUCGGGGGCCACCGACACCGAGACCACCACCAGCUUGUCCCCGUGA